GAAAAACCCCAAACUCAUGUGAAAUAAGCAAAAACUGCUCUGACUUGGUGUUUUUAUGCAGCAGCCAAGUGUCCGCAGUAAGAACCUGAUCCGGGGUCUGUGGGCGCAGGACCGCAGUCAGUCCACGUCAUAUUUGUGUAUAUGUGUUAAUGUGUGUGUUUGUGAAAGAGGGGUUUGUGUGUUUUUAGUGUGUUUCUGACCUUUGAUCAGUUCAGAACAAACAUGGCGUCCGUCGGCAGAGAAACGAAGCGACUCUUCUUCUUACGACUCCUCAUCGCUUCUAUCCCAGCAUGCACUGGGCUUCCUGGAGGAGGAGUGUUUGUGAGCAGACCUGAGGCCAGCGUUUUCCUGCGUCGCAGUCGUCGGGCCAACUUCCUGUUCGAGGAGCUGAGGAGGGGCAACGUGGAGCGAGAGUGUCUGGAGGAGAAAUGCUCCUACGAGGAGGCCAAGGAGAUCUUCGCCCUGCCACAGCAGCUGGAAGUCUUCUGGCGGCUGUACACAGCGGUGAAUCACUGCCUGUCGUCUCCCUGUAAGAACGGAGCGACCUGUACUCGCCGGAUCGACACCUACGCCUGCAAAUGUCCGCCUGGUUUCCAUGGACACAACUGUGACAAAGCACGUUUGACCUCCAAUGGUUGUCGCUACAGAAACGGAGGAUGCGAACAUUUCUGCAGAGAGUUUCCGGAUCGUUCUCACAUCUGUUUCUGCGCUCCAGGCUACAAUAUCGAUCGGGACAACAGCACCUGCCUGCCUCAAAAUGUUGUGUCCUGCGGAAGACCUCUGAUGCUCUUAACCCCCAAGGUCAUUAACGGGCACAUCUGCCCCAGAGGACGCUGUCCAUGGCAGGCUCUGCUAACUGAAAAUCAUGUUUAUACCUGCGGAGCGAUUGUCCUGUCAGAUCAGUGGAUUUUAACUGCAGCUCACUGUGUUUGGAGAAAACCUGCCGCCAUCUUCCAUGUCACUGUGGGUGAACACGACCGAGAAGAGGAUGAGAAGUCUGAGCAGAAGCGGCGGGUGGUCAAAGUGGUGAUCCACCAGGGCUACAACGUGUCCAGCUCUGACAGUGACCUGGCCUUGCUGAAGCUUUACCGCCCAGUGAAACUGGGACUGUACGUGGUUCCCAUUUGCCUUCCCGCCAAGAACAGCUCCUUCAGCCGAACACUGGCGACCAUCCGUCACUCCACCGUGUCUGGUUGGGGCCGCCUGUCGCAGUUCGGUCCCCCAGCCAGAUUCCUCCAGCGGCUGGUGCUGCCGAGGGUCCCUCUGCAGGAGUGCCGCCUCCACACCAAGCUCAACAUCACCAGGAACAUGAUCUGCGCCGGGCUGAAGACCGGCGGCAAAGACGCCUGCGAAGGUGACAGCGGCGGCCCUCUGGUGACGCACUACAAGAAAACCUGGUUCCUGACAGGUGUUGUGAGCUGGGGAAAAGGGUGCGGCAAUGAAAACAUGUACGGCGUCUACACCAAAGUCAGCAACUUCCUGGACUGGAUCGAGGAUAUCAUGUCCACUGGCUGAAACUGGUCGGGUCAAUACUGGGGAUGUGACGGUUCUAAACCGAAACAAUGAACAAAAAGAUAAUGUUAGGAAGUUAGAGUAGAAUAUAGUGUAGAGCACAAUACAAUAUUAGAAACAUAACAAGAGUCGUCUUUAUAGAAUAGUGAAGUGGGAGGAGCUAUUUUAAUAAAUGUCCCAUAAAUUUAUCUCAUAGACAAUAUUACUCGACUCACAGUUGGAGCUCUUCUACGGUUUGGAUCAGCGUGAAACCUGAUUAAAUCAUCAGUACAUCAGACUAACGACAGCGUUAGAAAGGCGUUUUAAUAAAAAAAUUGAAGGUAUUGAAGGACAUAAAAACUGAGGUAGAAGUUAACUACGUAUGUCACCGCUAACGCCGGGAGAAAGCUAAAGAUCACGGUGUUGAUAAAACUGUAAACACAAUCUGCAGCUUAAAUCAGUUCAGUUUUAAAUUUUGGUUCAUUUUUGGAUGAAUUCAGCAACUAUAGCGACAUGUUUUGUUCUCAAGCAUUUUGAAUUCACUAGCGCUUUGAUUUGCGCUUCUGACUGGCUUCUUCUCCAUGGCAACACCAAAUGAGGCUCAUGGGUAUGGUAGUGUUUUAAGCUGUCCGCCAAUAUGAGGGACAAAAUCUGUAAAGUAAAAGUGUAAAUAAUUCAAACUGGUGGUCAGAACAUGAACCUAUAUGAUGUUAACUUUAUCCAGGAUAGUCCUGUGUUUCAAUGUUAAGUAACAACAAAACACAGCAGCUCCUCUCACUUAGCAACUCUAUUGUCAACGUGUAGCAAUCUGCCACUUUUGAAGAGUACUGAAUUCAUUAUCAAGCAAACCAUCAAUAAAGACACAGGGAUAAUAAGCUUCUAGUGCAUAUUCAGUCCAGAAUCCCCAAGAAUUAAGUUAACUUUGGACGAUUCUGCAAGUCACGAUUGACGUCCAGUACCAAUGCAGGAAGUCGUGUGUGCUUUAUGUAGAGAGGUGGAAAGUAAAGGUCAGGUUAUACUCGAAAUGAGCUAGUUCAUACGACACUCGAAGGCGGGGUUGCUGUCAUGGAGAGGGACGAGACGCAAUAAUCAUUUACGUAUGGUGAUAGCGGAAAUAGAAAUAGUUGUGUAAAGAAUUAAAAUAGAGAGCGUCAGAGAGAAGUUCAAACCCUGCCAACUUUCUCACCUCCACACAGCGGACCAAUCACAGAUUAAAGUGCGCGUGAGUGUCAGAUUGUCAGUUUCGGAAAGUUACAAAAAUUGUUGGACGGCCAUGCAAGUAUUGUAGAACGGCAAAAAGAAACGUAGACGUAGUUUUGCGGAAUCGUCCACUAUAAACCACGAUCAUUAUGUUUGGCAACAGGGUUGCUGUAUAUUCUGUUUCAACAACGAUGAACACCAAUAAAAACAUGUUCAUGAUCUCUACUUACACAAAUGUUGGUGAUUUUGUAAUUUCAUUUUUUCUCGUCAGAUUCAUAGUCAAAGUUAAAAGUGUCCUUGGCUCAUCAUACAUAAUCUAAAGGGAUUAUUUUACUUUGUGUGAUUCUUCUUGUAAAACAAAUAAAAAAAGUGAAAAUAAAGACAAAGUGAUUGACUCAAA